AUGGCUGGAUGGCAGCUCCGCCCGCUCGUGCUCUUCUUCUUCUCAGUGAUGCCCCACCGAGCGCUCUCGCAGGGACUGGCGCUGCCGCCAGAGUCACCAAUGGAGCGGAAGCGGAACAUAGCGUGCAACAGCGUUCCGUAUCCAUUUGGCGCCAGAGGCAGCUCCCUACCCGGCUUCGAGGUAACUUGCGGCCAAAAGAAUGAAGCCAUGCUGCAGAUCGGCGACAAUAGCUACAAAAUCCACGACGUGUCGGUGGAUGAAGGCUUUGUCGGCAUCUUCGCCGGGCCUAUCCGCCAAGUGUGCUAUGACCGCAAUGGGAUGUCGACCCAGACCAAUGGAACCGGUAAUAUGAGCUUGGGAGGGACACCGUUCUCCUUCUCCAUGCGCAAUAGGCUGGUGGUAACCGGAUGCAAUUACAGGCUAUUUGCCAAGUUCAGCAACUCGUCGACCAGCAACCCAUGGCAAUCUAACACUACCAGCUGCACCUCCUCGUGCGAUGGUAACACCGUCGAUUGCCGUGACAACAUAGCCUGCUGUGACGCCCACAUACCGAUAGACGCCGCUCAAGAAUUCACCUUGCAGUUCGACAAGAUAUCAUCAGGUCAAAUCACCGGCGACGAGAACGGCACUUGCAGCGCUGCCUUCUUCCUUGACCAAAACGACCCAGACUUCAUGGGUGGCACAGGUGGUGGGCAGAGGUCGCUGAAAGACCUGCUGUUGCCAGCUGGUGAACGCAGGAUGAGCUUGGAUUGGGCAAUUGGGGGCGGCACAUGCGACCAGGCCCCGACCUACAGUUUGGCGCCGCUGUACUGCAACAAUAUGAGUAUAUGCAUCGACACGCCCCGUGGAGCGGGUUAUCUCUGCAAGUGUAAUGCAGGGUACAACGGGAAUCCCUACACUGCGGAUGGAUGUGCAGAUAUCGACGAAUGCCGGAACGACAACAAUGAUUGCACCUAUCCAAAACUCUGCAACAACACCCAAGGAGGUUUUACUUGCUCAUGUCCCCGGAACUACAGCGGUGAUGGCCAUAACACAGGGACAGGCUGCAAUAUUCCAUUUGGUUCCCCUAUGCAACAACCGCAAGGUUUGAAUAUUUGUCCUCCAGGCAUGAGUGGCGAUGGCCAGCAAAGGGGAAGUGACUGUCAAAACAAAAACAACCACUUCCCUAUAAAUACUGCUUUGGGUAUUGGCCUUGCACUUGUGGUUACAAUAACUACCACAUAUAUGUGCUACUACUGGGGCAUGAAGAGAAGAAAGGUGAGAAGAAACAGAGCCGAGUUAUUCCGUAAGAAUGGAGGCUUACUGUUGCAGCAGAGAUUUUCGGCAAUCACAUCUCAAGAUAAGGACUCAUCAGCAAAGAUAUUCAGUGCAGAAGAGCUCAAGACUGCCACUAACAAUUAUAGCGAGAAUCGAAUCCUUGGCCGAGGUGCACAUGGGAUAGUGUAUAAGGGUGUUCUUCGAGAUGAGGCUGUGGUUGCUGUAAAAAAGUCCAGGGUGUUUGAUGAGAGCCAAGUGGAGCAGUUUGUCAAUGAGAUUACAAUCUUAUCACAGACCGAUCACCCAAAUGUUGUCAAGCUUUUGGGAUGUUGUCUAGAGACACAAGUUCCAUUGUUGGUGUAUGAGUUCAUACCCAAUGGAACACUCUUCCAGCACAUUCACAACAAAAGUGCACCUGUCUCCUUAACAUGGGAAGAUACCUUAAGGAUAGCUGCAGAAACAGCAGAAGCACUUGCCUAUCUGCACUCUACAUCUUCUACACCAAUCAUUCACAGAGACAUCAAAUCAAGCAACAUACUGUUGGACAAGAACUUUGUGGCUAAAAUAUCAGACUUUGGUGCAUCAAGAUCAGUCCCAUUUGACCAAACUCAUGUAACCACCCUUAUUCAAGGGACAAUAGGAUACCUUGAUCCCGAAUAUUUCCAAAGCGGCCUGCUCACAGAGAAGAGUGAUGUCUACAGUUUUGGAGUAGUUCUUGCAGAGCUCGUGACAAGGCAGAAGCCUAUUUCUGUAGGCAGGCCAGAGGAAUCGUGCAACUUAGCCAUGCAUAUGGUGAUUCUAUUUAAUGAAGGACGGCUACUUAAGGAGAUAGAGCCACACAUUUUGGCAGAAGCAGGUGAAGAGCAACUUUAUGCAGUUGCACAGCUCUCUGUGAGAUGUUUAAAUAUGAAUGGACAAGAUCGACCCAUUAUGAAGGAGGUGGCAUCAGCUUUGGACCAGCUAAGAAGGUCAUUCACCAAGGAGAAAACUAUUAGAAAAAAAGAUGAACCUGUACAAGAAAACAAUGAACAAGAGCACCUUCUACGUGAGGCAAGCUCGAUUUCCAGCCUGCACUACUCAGAAGGAAGUACACAGUUGAGCAUGGAGGCCGAAAUGAGAGCUUCUUCUCACACGCCAAGAUGACGCUUCACAUAAUAUUUCACGUAACCUCACAGACAAUGUGCAAUGUAAUAAUGCAAAUGAUGUAUAGCUCAGAGCAAUCACUAUUUACUUAUUUAGGUCAACAAUCACAACGGGAGAAAUCCUUGUCUCAA